AUGCAAAACAACAAUAGCUCCCCAAUCUUCGUUUAUUCUCAUUUUUGCCAAAAUCCGGAACCGAUAUUAGCAUCGUUAUUAUCACAAACCCCACCACCUUAUCAUCUAACCGUUCCGUUGGAUGAUCUGAUCAAUUCCCGUAGACGACCCAACGGGACUAUUCCAAGUCCCAAAAACGCGUUCAUGUUAUUUAGGAAAGAUCUGAACGCGAAACUAAAACAAAACACCCCUGGGUUAACCUUUGGCAAACUUUCAGGAAUUGCUAGUCAAUCUUGGAAACAUCAACCUCAAAGUGUUUUACAAUUCUUUGAGGUGAUGUCCAUGGUCGCCACCCAGCGACAUAGGAUUUUAAAAACAUCUCCUAUACCACCAACAAAACCAUCAAAUCCUCCACCACAACCAAAAUCGCCAUUAAAACCAUCAACACCAUCAACACCACCAACACCGGUAAAACCUGCAAUAAUAUCAACAUCAUUAACACCAUUAACCCCACCAAUACCAUUAACACCAUUAAUGCCAUUAAGGCCACCACCUUCAUCAAUUAUCAUUUUGAAUUCUUCAGAAGAUAAUUUAGAUUGGAUAAGAUAUAAUUAUAUCCGAAGGAUUUUAGGAUUCUAA